CCGUCGAACAAUCGAACGGCGCUCACCGUUGUCUUAGUUCCAUUGCGACCACGGCUGAUGCGCCUCAUCCAUUCCGCGAACCUGGCCCGCAUCAAUAUCCAUUCAGGCACGCAACAACUUUGGUGUGUUGUGAGCCAAUGAAGCUUGGGUGGAUCCUUGUGUGACUGAUUGGGUUUUCUUUCUCCUGCUAAACAUCAUGAAAUCUGGGUCAUCCAAGAGUUGUAUCAACGCCGUCGCCGUCGCCAUCACCAUCAUUAUUACCCUCAUUAUCGCCAAUCCCAUCAUCGCUUGGUAUUUUCCCCUUGGUGUUUUCGUUCUCAAUGACCCCUUGCCUUUAAAGGCAUGCCCGGAUUUUGCGCUUCAGUACCGUUAUAGAGGACGUACGAGCGGCGGCGGCGCAGCACUUAGGGCGCCGUCUCCGUCUGUCUUGACCACCGUUGCCGCCGCAGAGAUGAGCCAAAACUCCAGUGAAAACGAGGAGGAGGAUGAAAAGGAGGAUAAAAGAUCCGUCACAUUAGCGGAUCAUACAGUCACUUUAUCCGCCUCGCAUGUUGAAGCCGCGGGUGUGAAUCGGGAAUUGCAGUUGCGGUUCUCGGUUAAAUCCAACAAGCGCCGUUCACGUGUUGCCCGUUGA